AGAAGAAAACAAAUAAUUUAAAAAUGUUAGAUGAUAUCUAUUGACAGCCCUGUUCUUGUAUAAAUCUUUCUUUAUGCACUGUUCCAGAGUAAGUGCUACACUGAAGGUGAAGACUUCUCACCAUGAAGACAUUUUGUACAAGAAAAGAUUUUGGCGCCAUCGUCCUCUUUCUGAUGGUAUUUGCCUUGAUCUUUGUGCUCCGUCACAUGGACAUUCUGCAAUUUCAGCCUAAAGUCAAGUCCACCAUCAUCAUGCCGAGAGUCUCCCCUCAUCAUAUCGUUAAUCGCAGCUUCUGCACCUUCCAGCCGCUGUCCCCCGAGGACGCUUUGGAGGAACGUCUCAUACUAGACUCCAUUGCUUGGCCUGAAACUCCACUUUUGCCAUCUUCUAUUUCCUUGGAGCAGACCACUGAUCCAGCCCACAGCACCUUCACCAUUCUCCAAGGGAGGAAAGGGGGGCAGUGGCAUGUCGGGGACCAGCUGGAGGUUAUGAUACAAACCUUUGACUUCCAAGGUCGUCCAAAGAAGUCUGGGGGGGACUUCAUAACUGCCCGUCUGCACAACCGGAAGCUUGAAGCAGGUGUGGCCGGGCAAGUUGUGGACCAUCUGAAUGGGAGCUACUCGGCUGUGUUCUCUUUACUCUGGGAAGGAGACGCACAGGUUGAGGUGACUCUGGUUCAUCCUAGUGAAGCUGUCACAGUGCUGGACAGGCUGAACAGAGAACAGCCUGACAGGACUUACUUCAAGAGCCUCUACCGCUCAGGCUCACUCUCUGAAACCACCAUCUGUAACGUCUGCCUCCGGCCAACCCAACAGCUGCAGUGUAACUACACUGACCUCCGUACAGGCGAGCCUUGGUUCUGUUACAAGCCAAAGAACCUGAGCUGUGAUACCAGGAUCAACCACUUCAGGUUAGCAUUCAAACAAAGCCUCACAUCGAAGGAGGAGAAGCUCUUUCAGAGUGGUGUUAAUCUGAAAGUCUCCAUUCAGGCUUCAGGACCUUCCAAUGUCACUGUGUUGCCAGAAGAAGAAGGUCAGCUGAUGGUGAAGAGCAUCUCUGUGACAUCUCUACCAUCUGGUUAUUACUACCAGGGUGUGUGGCGAGCACUAGGAGGCACCACAGUAUCUCAAUUCAACAGUUCUGCCAUCACUCAGUGUCUGAAAGGCAAAGCAGUUCACAUGUAUGGAGACUCCACAGUCAGGCAGUGGUUUGAAUUCCUCAACGCAGUUCUACCAGGUCUCAAGGAAUUUGACUUACACAACCGGAAACAAGUUGGACCUUUUAUGUCCUUAGACUAUGAAAACAACAUCUUGGUGACGUACCGCUGCCACGGUCCUCCUAUUCAUUGGAUCACCAUCCCAACCAGAGAGCUUCGUUACAUUGCUAAUGAGCUAGAUGACUUGAACGCAGGCCCCAACACUGUUGUAGUCCUUAGCAUCUGGGCUCACAUCAGCACUUACCCCAUGGAGAUCUACAUCAGGAGGCUGCAGAGCAUCCGCACAGCAGUUGUGCGGCUGCUGGAAACAAAUCCUGGCACGAUGGUCAUCAUUCGGACCGCAAACUCCAGAGCUUUGACCUUUCAAGUGUCCCUAACCAACAGCGACUGGUAUUCGCUGCAGUGUGAUAAGGUGCUCAAAGCCAUGUUCAAAGGACUGAACGUUUAUCUGAUCGAUGCCUGGGAAAUGACCCUGGCCCACCACCUGCCGCACAACAUCCACCCACCACGUCCCAUUAUUAGGAAUAUGAUGAAUUGUCUGUUGUCCUAUAUAUGUCCUCUAAAGCACGGUUAGUGUUAAAGCACAAGUUACGGUUAUUUUAGAUUUUCAAUGCGCAGAUUACAAAUGUUCCUAAAAGGCCUUUACAAUCUCCACACAUACAACAUUGAUUGUCCCAAGACCCUCAAAUCGGCACGAGAAAAACUCCCAAAUCAGAUUAUUUCUGGAUCCCUUUUUCCAGGAUGGACAGAACUAAAUAAAAUGUAAUUCAUACAGAAUUAACUGCAUAACAGAGUUGCAACACAUUAAAUGCAAAAUACAAUAGUGAUUUAUACAACUAGAAAAUCCAUCUAUCCAUUGUCAAACCGCACACAGGGUCGCGGGGGUGGCUGGAUUCUAUCCCAGCCAACUUCAGGCGAGAGACAGGGUACACCCUAGAUUGGUCGCCAGCCAAUUGCAGGGCUACACAGAGACAAACAACCAACCAUUCACUCACAUUCACACACGUACGGGCAAUUUAAAGUCCCCAGUUAACCUGAUCGCCAGAGCAUGUCUUUGGACUGUGGGAGGAAGCAAGAGAACCUGGAGAGAACCCACGCAGACACAGGGAGAUCACGCAGACUCUACACAGAAAGGCAACUGGGCGGAGUCAAACCCAGGUCCUCCUUGCUGUGAGGCGACAGUGCCAACCACCACGCCACCGUGCUGCCUCAACUAAUUACUAAUUAACUACAAUUAAUUAAAAAAAAGAGAAAUACAGCAAUUAGACUUAAUGCUCUAUAUUCUAACAUUAUCAAUCGGUCGCAUGUUAUUAUAAUCUAGAAAACAUUCACAGGCUUCAUCUUCUACACAUGGUAUUGUAUGAAUUAAAUAUAUUGGGGGAUGUUAGCUAUGAAAAAUAGCAUCACAUGUUUGUCUUUAUGUCUCUGUUGCAGUCUCUUAACGUGAGUAACUGUCACGGUUUGGGUUAAUGUCUGGUUUUAUUUUGUAGUUUCCUUCCUCUGUUCUCCCUGGGACACGUCACUUCCUGCCUUGUCUUGUCCGCUGUGAUUGUCUGUCAUGUCAUGAUUGUUCCCAGCUGUGUCCAAUCACCUGCACCUCCCUUAUGUAUUUAAGCCACGGUUGUCUGUUGUCGUCACUUGUCGCGUCAUUGUAUUGUAUUGGUGUUCACGUUCUCGUUCCUGUCUUCGUUUUUUGCCCCUUGGCCUUUUGCUUUUGAAAACCUUUUUGACAAUUAAAGUCCCUUUUGUUUUUGAA